AUGUGUCGUACAUCUCAUUGUCAUGUGAAACUUAACGUGCUCAGUUCAAGUUCGGACACCGUUUAUGAGAGGCUGGUUAAUGCCUCGGGGAAAACUAUUAUUCUUGAUUCGCUAAUUCCGAGACUGCUAAAGGAAGGCCAUAGGGUGCUUCUUUUCUGCACCUUCAAGAUUAUGCUGGACAUUCUUGAAGACUACUUUGAUUAUCGCGGCUGGAAGUACCUUCGAUUCGACGGGACCACAAGCCAGCGAGAUCGCACAUGGAUGAUCGAUCAGUUUAACCAACCAGGGUCGGAGGAAGUGUGUUACUUCACUGCACUUCUAUUCCCCUUCAUGAUUUGCUUAUUCAUACGCCAGUCUAUUUUUAUGAUGACUAUCCGGGCGGGCGGGCUGGGCAUUAACCUCCAAACAGCCGACACUGUGAUUUUGUACGAUAGCGACUUCAACCCGCAAAUGGACAUUCAGGCGAUAUCGAGGUGCCACCGCAUUGGCCAGAAGCGCCCUGUCAUGGUGUACCACUUCGUUACUGUGAAGUCCAUAGAAGAGGGUAUUUGGGCUCGAGCAAAAAGAAAACGGCUCCUGGAAAAAAUAUUUAUCGAUAAGGUUGAUGAGAAAAUAGAGACGGCGGAUAUCGAGCAACUUCUGAGUGUCGCUUCGAAGCUUUUAUUUGAGGAUCCCGAUCUUAACGAUAGUCAAAGCAAAGUUGUAAAGUACGAUGACCAGUUUAUAGAGAGAUUAUUGGAUCGCACUAUCACAGCCGGAGAGGAAGAAGAGAUGUUGGGCAGCACUAACUCGUUAUUUUCGUUCAAUACUGCACGUGUUUGGGACGACGAAUCGAUCACUGAAGAAGCUAAAGAGUUUUGGGACGAAUUGAUCCAAAAAGAAGUUUCCAAGACAGUUUGCGAGGACGUGCUUCUCGGGAGAGGCGCUAGAAGGAAAAAUACUGUGGACUAUUCGAACUUCGAGGACGACGCGCCUGGCCCUUCUAAAAAGUCCAAGUCUAUUAUGCGCGACGAAAAAGAAUAUCGUCCCACCAGCGCCACUGAAACAGAAGAAAGCGAAGAGGAGGUUAGCGCUGCCGUUCCGACCCUUUCGCUGGCCAAUAGCAAGAAAGUAGAAGCGUACAUGCAAGAUAUGGCUAAACCCCCUUAUUUGGUCAAAAACGAACCCUCCAUAAGCGCGCCUGGUCAACCACUUCCGUCUCCUGCUAAAUUACUACCGCGGCCUCCAAUCAACAAGGAGGGCGUCGCUAAAAUUCCUUUGCCACGUGCGCCCAAGCCUGUACUCCCGAGUGUUUCUCCUGGUCUUUUGAGUGGCGUGACCAUUAAAUCUCCUGUUUUCAAGUUCGCCAUCCCCCCGGACAUUCGUAUUUCCCGCGCAGAGCCACUUUCGGCUCAGAAGGCCAAAUACAGGAAGUUUAUUCAAUGGCUUCCGCCAGCACUUUGUGCCUUUAUAAAUAGUUUGAAGUGGCCGUGCUACAUCGAUUGCAGAGAUAUAUUGGUGGGUGUCGAGGCGCUGAGGCAAAUCUUGGGGCAAAUAAGCUACAGAGUUGUUUAUCUUAAAAAGAAUUUGGAUGAAGUCAACACGGAAAAGAAGCAAAAGAAUGAAGAACUUGCCCUCUUGGACCAAUCGCUUAUCGCCAAAAACAAGGAAGUUGAGGAGGCGCAGAACAACUUUCGGCUGUACGAGAGCUACAUGAGCGAGAACGAUGCUAAGCUGAAGUUGAACGAGAUCAACCUCAUGAACAUCGACUCCAGAGAGCUCGAUUUGAAAAUACAAAACUUUAAAAACGAACUCGCAAAACUCAAUAACAAGCUUCGUAUACUGCAUGACAUUCAAUUGGACGAACUUAAGCUGCAGACGAUGGUCCAAAGCUGCCGGGCGCGAGUCCAUCGCAUCUGCCAAGCUUUGCCCAUUUCUCCCUUAAAACUGGCUCCGUUCCUUUCGGAGUUACUAUCAGACCUUCCGCAAGAUUAUCGACGGGUGCCUUGGAUUUAUGCAUACUAUCCGCCCCCUCCGCCCACGUCGCUUCCGGAAAGACCUCUUGAAUUGAAGUCUCAAAGUACAGAGUGAACUUCUAUAACUCUUGUGUCCUGUGCACAUGAAAAACUUUCCCAGCGAUACUCCACAUAACAAAGUUAAUGCUUUGCUUUGUAAAAUAUAUAUAAAUCCGCCAGCUUCAAACUAGCUUAGCAGGUAACAUUAAUAAAGUUC